UACAGAAGACAGGUUAUUUUUUAAAGACACCCCGUUAAAAGACAAUACUGGACAUUGUUGGAGUUGAAAAACUGGAAGCCAAAAUGCCAGAGGGAGACAGUGAGCCCUUCUCUAACCCUUUGGCUCCAUAUGGUCACGAUGUGGAUGAUCCUCAUUCCUUCUACCACUCCAAACUUACCAAUGAAGACUUCAGGAAACUUCUUAUAACCCCAAGAGCAACACCUACUUUUGCGCCACCUUCUGAGCCACGUCACCAUGAGAUGCCAACAGAGUACAGUGAGGAUGAAGACCCAGCUGCACAAAGGAGGAAAAAGAAAAGCUAUUAUGCCAAGCUUCUCCAGCAAGGCACUGAGCGCGAGAGAGAACUCGCAGAGAAAUACCGGGACCGUGCCAAGGAACGGAGAGACGGCACGAACAAAGAUUAUGAGGAAACUAAGCUGUUACGUACCACAGCCAACUACAGGGCUGUGGGCCCCACUGCUGAGGCACACAAAUCAGCAGCUGAGAAGAGAAGACAACUGAUUCAGGAGUCUAAAUUCUUGGGUGGUGAUAUGGAACACACCCAUCUGGUGAAAGGUUUGGAUUUUGUGUUGCUUCAAAAGGUGCGUGCUGAGAUCGCCAGCAAAGAGAAGGAAAAGAAACUUCUGGAAAAGCUCCAUACGGAAACCAAGGAAGAUGAGGAUCCUGAGAACAACACUGAAUUUAAAACACGCCUUGGCCGAAAUGUGUAUCAAGUGCUUUUCAAGAGAAAACCAUGUAAGCGAAAUGAGCUGUUCUUACCGGGACGUAUGGCCUAUGUAAUAGAUCUGCAUGAUGAGAACGGGGACACAGACAUCCCCACCACUGUCAUACGCAGCAAGGCUGACUGCCCCACUGUGGAGGCCCAGACCACACUGACUACAAAUGACAUUGUUAUUCGUAAGCUCACCCAGAUUUUAUCAUACAUGAGGCAGGGGACCCAAAACAAGAAGCUAAAGAAGUAUAAAAGAAAACUGGAAGAAAAGAAACCUCCUGAGGUUGACAUGAAAAUUUUUGAAGACACUGGGGAUUAUGUCCCUUCCACAACCAAGACACCUCGGGACAAGGAACGUGAAAGAUACCGGAAAUGGGAACGUGAUCGGGAAUGGGACAGAGACAGGGAGCAAAACUGGGGACAGAAACAAGAGGAGAAAAAGAAAAGGCACAGCUACUUUUUGAAGCUACAAGUGGAUGAUGAGCCCAUGGAUGUUGACAGAGGACCUGGAUCUGCAAAAGAGUUGAUCAAGUCCAUCAAUGAAAGAUUUGCUGAGUCUGCUGCUUGGGAAGGCACUGAAUCACUGCAGAAGCCAGAAGAUAAGAAGCAGCUGGGUGAUUUCUUCGGCACAUCCAACAGUUACGCAGAAUGCUAUCCAGCCACGAUGGACGACAUGGAUGGAGAUAGUGAUGAAGACGUAGAUUAUAGCAAAAUGGACCAGGGUAACAAGAAGGGUCCCUUACGCCGCUGGGACUUUGAUACUCAGGAGGAGUAUAGUGAGUAUAUGAACAGCAGGGAGGCUUUGCCCAAAGCAGCGUUCCAAUAUGGUAUCAAGAUGUCUGAAGGACGGAAAACCAGACGAUUCAAAGAAGCCAAUGAUAAGGCAGAGCGACAGUGGGAGUAAAGUGCUGUCGCCGAAAAGAGGAAGAAGAUGGAAGUAGAUGGGUUUGAAGUGAGAAGACCAAAGUACUGAUCUCCAGUUCCAGCCGUCAGCGCAGGGACCUUCUUAGUUGCUGGUUUCUACCCUUCCUCAGAAGGUUGCAAACUGGUUUUGUGAACGUUUAUAAAUGUUUAUUGUAUUAACUCUUCAUAGAUCUGUGUCCCCAAUGCUAAGAUUAAUGGCAAUGCAACAGCAUGU